AGCUGCCCAGACCGGACAAGAGAGAAUGAGAAGGAAGGGUCUUGCCCUGGGAUGCAAAGUGAUUGAAGCUAGGGAGGAUGAGGGUGAGCUAUUCGGCGCCGCCGCUCUCGGUUUUUUAUCCUCCUUCAUCGCGUCUGAGCCUGCUGAGGGUCGUCCCCAGUGCUUUGUCCGCAAAGUAACUCUCGGAUACUGCCGUCGUCAUAGUUCUGGUCUGGACGAAACCACAGUCAAUGAGACAUGGGCAUCCGAGGCAGGGGAGAGGGGUGAGGUAGAAGAGCUGCAUGAGCGACUGCAAUCACACUUGCAGCACUAUACCGAGCCGUCACCCGCCAAUGUUGGCACGACCACGUAUGCUGGUGUCGGGCCUCUUGUUACCACUUGGCUCUGGUACUCCAACGCCCCGGGAAUUCCCAUCGUUGUGGUAUGCCUUCGAAGGCCUAUCUCAUGGAUAAUGCUGCCGAGGAUGUGGGAGUGCAAGAUGGUGCCGCUCGGUUUCACACUGCAGCCUACGACAUACGCUCUCCUGAAGUGGUAUCUCCUCCACAGACUGUGUAUUGUCCCGCCUCCACUGAAUACGCCACCAGUAUCGGCACCCGCCAUCGUCGGCUCUACCAAAUUUCCAUUCAACCACCUAGCCAACGUGCUUGACAGAGAUGCUGUCAUGGUAUUGUACUGGGUAGCCUCGCUGGCACCGCUCAUCCACUGUCCGUUUCUACGUCGGGGGCGUACGGGCCUACCCUGUCAACUUCGGCUUCCCCAUCGGCUUCCCCAACGGGAGCUUCAACGACCCCCUCUUUGCCCGCAUCGUUCGGGGUCACCACCACACCGGCCUAGCAGAAUAUUCUCCUGCUCGUACGCCUCUGUCAACUCGUUCACCCAGCGCGUGCUCGACCCCAUCGAACACGCCUCCUCCCCCGGCCAAGAGACCUGGGACAAUGCCUGCGCCAUCGAUGAUAUCGUCUCUUUCCUCUGCUCCGACAUUUCCGACGAGCAGCCUGCUUUCAUGCAGGGCCAGGGCAAGGCGUUGAGUGAGAGGGGCAUUGUGACGGUUGUGUGUGAGGGGGAACGCGGCUGCUGGUGGUGUGGCGCUCGCUACGGCUUGUGA